CACUUUUCAGAUGUCAACUGCAGCCGAGAGAUAACGGACAAACAUUUAGCGAGAGCUCGCUAGCGCAGAGAAGAAACAAUUCAUGACCAAAAGCUGCUCCAGACGGGACUAAGUAAUGAGGUAGAUAGUCGGACAACAAAUAACAACAACCUUGGUCGAAAAAGACUGACAGCGCCUGAGUUAAUAUGGACCAGGAGUUUGAAGACAUAGACUCAGAGGGCCGGUGGCAGAAACUCUACCAUGAAAUCAGGAAUCAGUCCCACGAGUGCUCCUACAAAGUGGCAAAGUGUCCGGAGAAUCGCAACCGAAACAGAUACAGAGAUGUCAGUCCAUUUGAUCACAGUCGAGUGAAGCUGGAGAACACAGAAAAUGACUACAUCAACGCAAGUCUGGUAGUAAUGGAGGAAGCCCAGAGAAGCUACAUAUUAACACAGGGCCCCCUCAAGAACACAUGCGGCCACUUCUGGCUCAUGAUCUGGGAGCAGAAAACCAAGGCUGUCAUCAUGCUUAAUAGAGUCAUUGAGAAAGGCUCGGAAAAGUGUGCCCAGUACUGGCCCACGGCUGAGGAGAGGGAGAUGGCCUUCAGAGACACGUGCUUUCUGGUCACGCUGUUGUCAGAAGACACAAAGUCGUACUACACCACCAGAGUCCUGGAGCUUCAGAACUUGAGUACAGGAGAGAAGAGAGAGAUCUACCACUUUCAUUACACCACGUGGCCUGACUUUGGUGUCCCAGAGUCCCCGGCAUCCUUUCUAAACUUCCUUUUUAAAGUGCGGGAAUCAGGAGCGCUCGGGGUUGAUCACGGACCAGCCGUGGUGCACUGCAGUGCUGGAAUUGGACGCUCAGGGACAUUUUCAUUAGUUGACACAUGUGUAGUUCUGAUGGACAAGAGGAAAGAUCCCUCAUCAGUGGACAUCAAGAGCAUCCUGUUGGACAUGAGGAAGUGCCGUAUGGGCCUGAUACAAACCCCGGACCAGUUGCGCUUCUCCUACAUGGCUGUCCUGGAAGGAGCCAAGUACAUCAAGGGAGACUCUUCUUUACAGAACCGAUGGCGGGAGUUGUCCAAAGAAGACCAGGAGCCAAUACUGGAGUCUCCCCCCUCAGCUCAGACUCAGUCAAGGUGUCAGACAGAGCGGUGCAACGGUAACCAGCGGGGGUGUCAGCAGGAGGAGGGGGGAGAGUACAGACAGGAUGGCAAAGUACCGGCGCAGUCUCCCUGCAAAGAACAGGAGCUGGACGGCAGCACAGCACACAAACGACGCAGAGAAGACAGCAUCUCCAAAUCAGCCUCAGCCAAAACACCCCAAAGCAAGCCCAAGACGAGCGACUCCGAGAAGAAGAGAAAAAGGGCGAAAACCAGCGACUGCUAACCGCCACCUGUGGCCAGCAACGCACUGCCAGCUCUGGCAGCAAAAAAGCAAAACCUCGGCAGGGAACUCCAGCUCUCUCCCAAACCUCUGUGCCCUUCUUCCUCUCCUUCCACCUCAACAGCCAGCUGUCCUCUCUUUAACGUUUCUUUUUUUAAAAUCCAAGCUUAGUAGCAUUUUUCAGCCAAUCCGGCACCUCCCUUGUUUUUCUCUUAAUAGGAGCAAGUCACUCUCAAAUCCGCCUUAGUCCUCCUCACAGCUUUCCCCAAAUCUCUUCAUCCUCUCUAAACUGUUUACAGCCGACACUUCGACAUUCUUUGAAGAGAGCACAUUUUACCAGAUAAACACACCAGCGCUUCAUUGCUCAACUACAGCCUGUGCUGCUUCUGGAGUCACCACCUCUUUGUUUGCUUUAACUUUAUUAUUUGCAGCGUUUUCAUUCUAUUAUGCUUCUUUGCAUUCAUGAAAUUAAGAGUGAUAAUAGGGGCUAUGCAUUGCCAAUUUAUAAUGCUGUUCAUAUGUGUAUUUUUAGAUGACCCUUUUUUUCCAGAGGUGCAAAUAAAAAUGUUCUAUUUUUUAUAUGAGAUUACUUGAAGUUUUUCACAAAGAGGGAGGAGGGGGGUGUUCAUGAAAAGCACUGCCUCCUCCCACAUGAGAAAUUCAGUGGCAUGUAAAGUUUCCAUGAUGUAUAUAAUAUUCUUUUUAAAAAGAUGUGUGUAAAAAGACAUAUUUUU